GAGGUUACCGCCGUUACCGCCAGUGGUGGCGGUUGCUGGCUUCGAAGGAGUGAGCGGUUUAAAGGCCAGUAUUGUUGUGGCUUUUUAAGCCUAUGUUUUAAAUGCAAUUUGUAUACCUAAAAAAUAAUAAAUUGUAACGGAAUGUCUGGUCCUACUGACUAUGGACCGGACUCUGGAGGACGCGUUAAGGGUGUCUGUAUUGUGAAACCAAUAGUUUAUGGAAACAUAGCAAGAUAUUUUGGAAAGAAACGAGAAGAGGAUGGACAUACACAUCAGUGGACUGUUUAUGUAAAACCAUAUCAUAAUGAAGACAUGUCAACUUAUGUGAAGAAAGUGCAUUUCAAGUUGCAUGAAAGUUAUGCAGACCCAAACCGAAUUGUGGUUAAGCCUCCAUAUGAAGUGACAGAGACGGGCUGGGGAGAAUUUGAGAUUGUCAUUAAAAUUUAUUUUCAUGAUCCCAAUGAACGCCCAACAGUGACUUUGUACCACAUCCUGAAGUUAUUUCAGUCUGGACCAGAUGUAAUGCAAGGAAGAAAGAUGCUUGUUUCUGAAUUUUAUGAAGAAAUUGUAUUUCAAGACCCAACAGUUUUGAUGCAACAUUUACUUACAACAACUCGACAGCUUUCACAUGGGACAUGGAAACACGAGACUGAUUUUGAAGAGAAGAAGGAGAAGACAUUGCAGAAUAUAUUGAAUGCCAAAAAUAAAAUUCGUUAUGAGAUCGGUGACCUGAAGGAAAGGGUGAAACUGGCAAAAGAGACAAUUGUGAAAUUCAAAGCCGAAAUUACAAAACUUCAAGCCAACACUGGAAAUGUGUCUUAAUUUAAUGUGUGGGUUAUGUGAACAAGUGUAUCCUGCUGCAAACUUACAAAAAUUCUGUCUGAAACUUGCAAAGUGAUUUGAAUUUUUCAUGGCAGUGAAAAUUUAGAUUGUGUUCUUCUGGGUUGUGACAUUGUAGGUGGUUACAAAUGUUUUGGAGGAAUUUGCUUCCUCCAUCUUCAGGGUAUAUCUGCUCUCAAGAUCACAGUCCAAAAACUGCUUUUUUGUGUUCCCUAAAUUACUGCUCACUUUAUGGGUUUUCUGUUAUUUCUUCAGAACGCAAGACAAAAACUUAUUAAUAAAUCCUGUAAGAAUGUAGCAAAUCCAUAAUAUUAAAUUGCAGCAUCCUGUUGCAUUGCAUAGAUCUGACUUUGCAUUCCACUUUUCUGCCAUCUGUGUUCAACACCGGUUAAUACUCUUGUCUUCUUUAUUGUCACUGCAUGUUUCAGCAUAACCAGCCAUCAUCAGGUGUACAGGUUGUUGUAAGGAAGAACUCUGUUGCUCACUGUAACACUGUUAUGCUUUUCUCACAUUAUUGCCACAGACUAAUUGCAGGUUAUGUUGGUUGGCUGUUGCUGUCUUGUAUGUUGUUGUGAGGAAGCUUGUAUGGUGGUGGGCCAUCAAACAAGUAAACAAAUAUUUGAAAUAAUAGAGUUGUCAGUAUAAAACAAUGGUUGUAAGGGACAGCCUCCUGGGCUACUCCUCUUUGUGGGUCAUGAGUAGGGCCUGGAUUUUUUGAAAAUGCAUAUGUGCAUAUGCAAAUGCAUAUUUUGAGGGUUUUUGGUUGUUAUUG